AUGUGAGAGCUGUGUGGAACUGCUGUUUGUGAGAGGGGCUGGGAAUUGCCAGGAGUGUGAUACCCCCCUGCGGAAGAGUAACUUCAGGGUACAGCUCUUUGAGGAUCCUGCUGUCGACAAAGAAGUGGAAAUUCGGAAGAAAGUGCUGAAAAUAUACAAUAAAAGAGAGGAUGACUUUCCCAGUCUAAGUGAAUAUAAUAAUUUCCUGGAAGAAAUAGAAGAAAUUGUAUUUAACUUGACCAACAAUGUGGAUUUGGAGAACACUAAAAGGAAAAUGGAGCUGUACCAGAAGGAUAACAAAGAAGUCAUUCAGAAAAAUAAGAUAAAACUGACGCGGGAGCAGGAAGAGCUGGAGGAAGCUUUGGAGGUAGAGCGACAGGAAAACGAACAAAGGCGACUGCUCAUACAAAAAGAAGAACAACUACAGCAGAUAAUAAAAAGGAAGAACAAACAGGCACUCUUGGAUGAUCUGGAGAGCUCCAGUCUUCCUGCUUCACUGCUUUUAGCUCAGCAUAAAGACAGAUCUACUCAGAUAGAAAUGCAACUGGAAAAACCCAAACCUGUCAAACCAGUCACGUUUUCCACCGGCAUCAAAAUGAUGGUGAGGUACAUCCUGCAGAAGACAAACGGUACGUUUAAAGGUGGUACAUGUGGAAUUGGAAGACAGUGGAAAGAGUAUUCAUCCGAAGGGCUGGAUGCCAAAAAGAACAGGUUUGGCUUGUCUGCGAGGAUUUACACCACAGAAAAACGCACAACUGCUUUGGUAGAGGUCAUUGUGAAGGUCAUGGAGCCCGGACGUGCUGCCGAACGAGAGCAGCCCGCGACGAUGGUGCGAGAGUCCUUAGGGCCCGUCGAUGUGUUGUGGCGGAUCUGUGGACCAGGCAGUAGCAGAUGCCAGAGUCCAAUACCUGGUUAUGAACUGCUCGACUUCAAGCUGUUGGAACGGUUUCCAGAAGGCCAAGGAGCGGAGACUGGAGUUGUCAGG